GCUGCAGACCCAUCUCUAGAAAAGCAGCACGGCGAGCCGACGGAAACAUUGACAAAUAAGCCACCAUGUCGUCCAUAUGCUCGCUGCUCCUCGUCCUCCUAGCAGUAGCGGCCUCGUCGGCGGCCGGAGACGCCGGGAACAAGCUGAAGCACAUCCACCUGUACAUGCACGAGACGUUCUCGGGGGCGAACGCCACGGAGGGCGCCAUACUGCCGUCCCCGUUCGGAGCCAACGCGACGUUCGGCUCGGUGGCCGUGUUCGACGACGAGCUCCGCACCGGCCUGAGCAGGGACUCGCCGCUCGUGGCGCGGUACCAGGGCAUCAUCGUCGCCACGGGGGUGGCGGAGGGGCCGGCUUCGCAGGGGCACCUGACGGUCGCCUCCAUCCUGUUCGUCGCCGGGGAGUACGCCGGGAGCGCGCUGUCCCUGGAGGGCCCCUUCGUCGGCUUCCAGGGCACCCUCGAGCGCAGCAUCGUCGGCGGCAACGGCAAGUUCAGGAUGGCGCGCGGGUACUACCUGCUCAAGCUCCUCAACCUCACGUCGCCGCUCACCGCCGUCUCCGAGGCCGACUUCUACGUGCUCACCUGCGACCCGAGCUACAUGUAACUUCUUUGCGGUUGCGGUACUAUCACUACCGCAGG